AAAUUGUGUGGCGCUCUUCUCGAGAAUGGACUUGGGUGGCAAUUUGCAGGCUAUAGAUUGUGCGUACACUAGUUCUCUGGUUGAAUUAAGGAGAUUGUUUUCAAGGGAAAUCACGACGUCUAUUUCUAAGGUUCGAAGAAGGGUACAGCAAGCUCAAAAUGAAUUUGACACUGAGGUUCAUCGCUUGCGAAAAGAAAACGAGUCUCUUAUACAGUGAGAUCAAUCUUUUGGUUAUCUUUCAGAUCUUUGGAACAGAUGAAGGAGAUAAUAGAGGGCAAAGAAAUUGAGAUAUAUGGGUUGCGUCACCAGCUGCAAAGUUUCUCAGCUGGACGAACUGUGUGUUAUAAUUGUUCGCGAUCGUUGGUUUCUACUCUUGAUUGUGGAGAUACAAUGAAGUCUAAAACUCCUGCUAUGAAAGGAACAGCCAUAGGCCUUAACAAUAAACGUCCUCUAAAAAAUAUAUCCUCAAUGUCAGAUGGCCUUUCGGAUAGUGCUUUGAGUAGUCGUAUUCAACCACCCAUCACGAAGCGUGCAUGUCUACAAGAGGAUGGAGUUGAGAAUUUUCGUCCAGAAAAGACUGAUAAUGCAACACCGAAUGGCGUUCGUAAAUCUCCGUGUGGAGCAGCAGCCGAUGACAGUCAACUUGAUGUUGAAACAUCUAGAAGUGAGUCGACAACACUGACUACUAGUGUUUUUCCUGUGCCAUCACUUAGUCCACCUUCGGAAGUAUACGAUGCUUCUUUGGCGAUAAGAAAUGCUAUAAAUCACAAUGAUUUGGCAGAUUAUGAUGCAACUUACAGAGAUUCCUCGAUGUUGGACAAGUCACGAGUGGUUAACAAGCGUAAUAUAUUACAACCUGCAUCGAAUAAUCGUGGGACUAGACCUGUUGAUGUUGAGUCUGGACUACAUAGUAAACAAAUGCCUGACAAGUUAACCAGAACGAAUAGUAUCGAUCAUGUGGCUUAUCCACAUAAAUGUAAAUAUAUACACCGCCCCUCUUGUCGUUAUUUUCGUCGUACACUCGAUGCCAAUGGAAAUAAACACGAGAAACAGAAAUCUGAUGAUACUGGUGAUGAUAUUAGUUUACCUUCUGAUUUUCUUGAAUCAGAGGUAUCAGUUGCUCCUAAUCCAUUGGAUUCUAUUGACAAUGACGUGUCGAAGAAGGUGAAAGAGCCUAAAUGUAAGUCUCAUUUGCCAUCGAUUGGUGGUUCACCUACCCGAGGAGGAGAUGUGAAUUUCAAGUAUCCACGGCCUCCAAGUCGCAGAACUCUUGUCGAGAAGAAACCGGUAUCUAAAGUGAACAACAAUGGUUCUUCAAGGUCUAAAAGGAAGUCCAAUAAACGAUCACCGGUUAAUAAAUCACCGUCAACACCGACUGGUUUUUGGAAUCUUGACCUUGAAGCAUCGGUAUGUAACGAUAUCAAUGGGAAAGAGAAUAUCAGUCCAAGUGUAAUGAAUACAGAUGAUGCUGAAGCUGCUACAGCCUACCCUUUUCGUCGUCGUCGACCUUUGAGUUUCCCUUCAGUUUAAACUGACUGUCUUAUUGAAGUCAAUUAUGUUUAAGAAAAGAAAAGAUUAGCUGUUCAUGAUUGUUCUUCAUAUCUACUACCUAUUCUAUUCACUCACCUCUAUUUAUUCAUGUAGCUGUAACUUAAUUUACAAAUAAAUUCCUAUGUACCGUUUGUUUUUGAUAGUCACUUUCAUUAUGUGUGAAGGAGUUGUAUAUAUGAGAGUGAAUUUCAUCAUCAUCA